CGAAUGAUUGAAUGCAUGACUAAUGUGCUUCUCACCCUGCCCCCGCAGUGUUACCUGUUUCACAUGUAUGUGGGUGUCCGAGCUGGUGGGGGCAUUGGGGACGAGAUUGAGGACCCAGCAGGCGAUGAAUACGAGCUGUACCGGGUGGUCUUCGACAUCACCUUCUUCUUCUUUGUCAUCGUCAUCCUGUUGGCCAUCAUCCAGGGUCUGAUCAUUGAUGCUUUUGGUGAGCUCCGAGACCAACAAGAGCAAGUGAAGGAAGAUAUGGAGACCAAGUGCUUCAUCUGUGGUAUCGGCAGCGAUUACUUUGAUUCAACACCGCAUGGGUUCGAGACUCACACACUAGAGGAGCACAACCUGGCCAAUUACAUGUUUUUCCUGAUGUAUCUGAUAAACAAGGACGAGACCGAACACACGGGUCAGGAGUCUUACGUCUGGAAGAUGUACCAAGAGAGAUGUUGGGAUUUCUUCCCGGCUGGCGAUUGUUUCCGCAAGCAGUAUGAGGACCAGCUUAGCUGAGACACCCCCAGCUGGCCCUUCACCCCCACCUCGAAGGUCCUUAUUCUCACAGCAAGCCCCUUAGCCCCCAAAUCCCUCCCCGCCAGGCGGCUGGGGGAGGGUGACCAUGUACUGGCAAAAUAAAGUCUGUGCUACACCCCUGA